CUGGAGCCGCCGCUCGAACGGGCACCUGUCCGGGAAGAGUAAGUUGGCGGAGCUUUUCCUUUCGGGUCCGGUCUGGGGCUCCCAGCCACCACCGUGACGGCUGCUGGCUUCGGACCCCCUCGAUCCAGGAGAGUCUGGGGGCAGGACGAAGUGGAAGCGAGGAGGGAGAGGCCGAGGAGCGGUGCUCCUUGCAGGUGACGCACCCACGGUGCCCUAGGAAGCCAGCCCUCGGGUCCGAACGGAGCCGGGCCCAUGGAGAGCGGGCCCGGUAACCUUCGGAAGAAGGCGGCGGAGCGGCAGCACCGGGCCGAGGUGAUGCUGGCGGGGGAACAGCUGAGGCUUCGACUUCAUGAUGGGAAGCUCAUCAAGGAUCGACGUUAUCAUCUUCGGACGUAUCCCAACUGUUUUGUGGCCAAGGAGCUCACAGAUUGGCUGAUAGACCACAAGGAGGCACCGGACAGAGAAACGGGCAUUCGGCUCAUGCAGAAACUAAUGGACCACUACAUCAUCCAUCAUGUGUGUGAUGAACAUUCAGACUACAAAGAUGCCAAACUGCUGUACCGUUUCCGCAAGGAUGAUGGGACCUUCCCCUUAAACAAGGAUGUCAAAGUGUUUCUUCGAGGCCAGAGUCUGUAUGAAGCGUUGGUGAGUGCAGAUGACUCAAUCCUCAAGGUGCGGGAGGAAAAGUCUAUCAGGUACCAGCGUGCUUUCUUGGGCUCUGAGAUGGUGGACUGGCUCACUCAGGAGGGAGAGGCAGCCAGCAGGAAGGAGGCUGUGGAGCUGUGUCGGGCUCUCCUGGAACAUGGGAUCAUUCAACAUGUCUCUACCAAGCACCACUUCUUUGACAGCAAUCUCCUCUAUCAGUUCCGGAUCAAUUUCCGUAGGCGAAGGCGGCUGACUGAGCUUCUGACCGACAGCCUCCGAACCGUUCCUGAGAGUCCCGAUAGCCCCUUCUGUCUUCGGAAGCUCAAUCCGGACCAGGGCAACACAAGCUUCCUCUCAGUUCAGCCUAAUAAAGAAAUCAAAGUGGUCUCAGCUGUCAGGAGAAGCAGUGUCACUAGCCUAACAGGGGGAGCUGGACCUUACUACAACAGUCCCCCUCUUCUGGGGCUCCCACCGGGCUCUGAGUGUAACCCCAAGUCAGUGCUGAAGAGACAGGUAACCAGUGAAGAACUGUUGUCCCCAGGAGCCCCCUAUGUAAAGAAGACCCUAACAAUUGUAGGAGAUGCUGUGGGUUGGGGAUUUGUAGUCCGAGGAGGAAGACCCUGUCAUAUCCAGGCUGUGGAUCCUGGAGGCCCAGCUGCCGCUGCCGGCAUGAAGGUAUGCCAGUUUGUGAUCUCAGUGAAUGGCAUUUUGGUGCUACAUCUGGACUACCAGACAGUCAGCAACCUCAUCGUGACGGGGCCACGGACACUGAUUAUGGAGAUUAUGGAAGACAUGGAGUAAAGGGAGCUUCCUUUGGCAAUGUUCCCCCUCCCCAGGACCUAACUCCCAUUGCCAGCCAGGAUGAACUCUAAGGCCAUCAAAAUCCCAGUCCAAAAUGUGUGUGGGGUAGGAGCUGUAACUUUAGAGAGAGAGAAACUCCAAAGCUCUGGGAAUGACCCAGAUGCCCAUUAUAUAAACCUUUAUUGAGUACCUAGAAUGUGCACAACUCUCUGUGUUCAGCACAGAGAUGGGUAGUUAUGCUGCUGCCCUCAGAGAGUUCGCAAUCCAAUAGGGAGGAUAUUGUAUACACACAUACACACAUGCUAAUAUACAUGUAUGUGUGUAUACAUAUAUGCCUAUGCACACAUAUAUGUACAUACACCGCAGGUUAUGUGUGGGGGUGUGUAUGUGUAUAAUGUGUGUAUAUACACACAAACAUACGUAGUAAAUGUUUGUAUAGAUAGAGUAAAAGGUAGGAUGUGACUAAAGAUUAUAAGAGAGCUUCAAAUACACAAAUACAGGUCAGAGAAAAUGGAGACCAUCUCUCUUUAAAGAGAUUGAUCCAGAGGACAUCGCAGACAAGUGACCUUUUUACCAGGAGCUUUCCAAAGAGCUCCAGAGCCACUUUGCCUGUGCUGAUGAGGGCCAGCUGCGGCAUAAGUCCCCUUUUGGCUCACAUCAGAGUGUGGGGCAGUGGAAAGGACACAGGACGAGAAGCCUGACCACGAGGGCCCUGCCUCAGACCUCCUCUUGCGUGGCUCUCUGACCUGGGCCAGGUAUUGCCCUCCUGAGCUGCAGAGGCCUACAGAAUGGGGAUGUUAACCCCCCGCCUCCUUCUCAACGGUCCCUGGUGAGGCUCGGGCGGGACAGUCUGUAAAUGUGCCCUGUACAGGUGGAAGGCUGUAAGAAGGUGAAGGCCGCCUGCUGAAGCCGGAGUGAAUGGGGGAUGGAGCCCGCAGCUGGCCGCCCUUCUGGCCCAGUCACAGAGCUCGGACCCCUUUGCCGUGUGGCCAUGACCGUGGCACUCCGCCUUUCCCUCUUGCGCCACCGAAGGCAGAGCCGGCUCAGAAGAUGGAGAUGAGGCUUAAUGGUCUCCCGGGCCAUAAAAGCUUGUGACUCUCAGAGUUUGUGACACAGUAAAAUGGCUCUGAGGGCGUCAUGCCUUCCUGUCGUUGCUUGGUGGCCUCCACACAUUGGGUCUGUUCUGCAGCGAUGUUUCUCCUGUUCCACGCAAGCUCAGCCACGUUAGAAACCAAGAAAAGAGACAGGAAAAUCAAUGUUUUUUCACAGUGGUAGAAUGCAACCAAGGGAGACCCUGUGCCCCUAGGAGAAGUACUCUAACCAAGAGGUGGCCACAGAUCUAAGAGUCUAGGUCUGGCCAGUCCCUCAGAAAGUGUCAUUUUCCCUAAUUUUGCUAUUGAUGAUUUUUGUUUUACUUCUUUCAUUAAGAUCAUAUUCUUAUAUACCCUACCUCUCCCUGUAUAUUGAAUCCUCCCUCGUCUCAAAGGAAAUAACUUAAGCAAAACAGCUAUAGUUGAUCUGAUAGUGUAUGCCACAUUCUUUUCCCAUAGUCCCUACCUUCUUCCUAAGAGAAGGUAUGUAGUCUCUGUUCUCAAACAGAUUAUUCAUUGAAAUCAAUCUGACUCCAGUAGUCUUUGAGUCUUUACAUUUGCAAAGACUGCUUUUUGUUCUGGUAGUGCUGCUUCCUUCACCCUGCAUCACUUCAUCAUAGUUUCCCCAUGUUUUCCCUCCUUCCCUCUCUUCCUCCCUUUCCUUUCCUCCCUCUCUUCCUCUCUCCUUCCUUCCUUCUUCUCCUUCCUCUUUAUUUUUCUUUCUCUCUUCCUUCCUUUCUCUUUCCCUCUUCCCUCCCUCUCUGUCUCUGUCUCUUUCUCUCUUUUUCUUUCCUUCUUCUCCUGCUCUCUUCUCCCUUUUCCUCCUUUUUUUUUUUUUUUUGCCCAGAUUUGUGACUUCUUCAAUAUAGGAAGCUCCUAAUAAGGAAACUCUACUCACGCUGAUCAGCACCUGUCCUGCAGCUUACACUUCCAGAGAUUGCCUAGGGGUGGUUGCUAGCAAGUUAACUAACUUAUUCAGAGCCACCAUAUCCAGUGUGUGUCAGGGAAAGGACUUGAAUUCAUAUCUUCCUAAUUCCAGAGCUAGCUCACCGGGUACCAUGCUACACUGUCUGUUGUUUCUUAUGAUGUAAUAUUAUUCUGUUGCUUUCAUAUGCCAAUUUGUUUAGUCAUUAAAUAAUUCAUAGUCUCUCA